AUGGGUGCCAACCUCUCUUCCACCUUUGUCCCCGACACCUCGAAGGUCGUCCUCAACGCCCCGGACACGUUCGCGGAUAUCCUCCUCGGCAUCAUCUGGGCCCUCGUCUUGUAUACAUGCGCCAUGAUCUUCAGCACCUGCCUUCUCGUCGAUCGGUGGAAGGGCCCGACGGACAAGAAUCAAGUGGGAACAGCCUCUGUUCUCGGCGCCGUCCUGCUGUCGACAGCCUGGCCGGUCGUCAUGCUGUACCUCAUGUUUGCCGACUGA